UCAGUUCCACCUGUGGUUCGCGAUGAAAUAAACAGCCGAUUUAUAAUCUCGUGACAUAAAUUUAUUGCGAAAUUAAAUGGCUUGUUGUUCAUCAAAAUUAAAAGUAUAAAUUCAGUUGAAAGUGGAUAGGAUGAGUAUCAAAAAUGGUUUGACCAGGGAAGAACUGAUAAACAUUCAAGACACUAUAAGGAAGAAUAACUUACAUAAAAAUGAACUCAACUUCAAAAUUGUCGUCAUCGGAGAUUUUGGUGUAGAUGAAUUUUCAACCGAGUACAAAAUAACAAUCGGAGCAGAUUUUGCUAUCAAAAGGCUGGAAUGGGAUGAAAAUACAAGAAUAAACUUGCACGUGUGGGAUAUAGCAGGUCACGAAAGAUUUGGGAGUUUACUGAGCGUUUUUUACAGGCAUGCGGUGGCAGCUGCAAUAGUCUUCGACUUAACAAGACCUGAAACCUUCAAAUCUAUCGAUAAAUGGCUCUCAGACCUGAGAAGAAAAAUAUAUCUGCCCGGAGGAAAAUCCAUACCAGUAGUAAUUUUAGCUAAUAAAGGCGACAUUACAACAAAAACAAUACCGGAUCACAUAAAGGAAUAUUGCGAAACCAAUGACAUUCUGUACUGGUAUAUUACAUCAGCUAAACAAAAUAUUAAUAUUGACGAAGCAAUGCUCAAAUUAACAAAGGCUGCCCUAACAAAUUACUAUGGAACUCAAUGUUCUUUAAUCACCGAGGACAUAGUGACUUUGAAAGACGAGCCUAAAGAUAAUACACCCAGGAGCAGUUGCUGCUGAUUCUCAUGAUUCUGAAACCAACACUACCAUGAAUCUCUCUUGUAAACCAAAUAACCUGAAGUUUCUAUUAUUUAUUUUCAACAAAGUAUUACUACCUUCUAACAAAUGCAAAUAAAACAGAUUCUCUCAGUAA